GUCAGUCUGAAAUAUGAAUACGUUCUCGAAAGAACAUUGGGUUAGGAAGGUAAAAGACGCAUCGAAUAAACCUUAUUCGACGUCUUAUGGCGACUACGGUUAUACUUCGGUGAAUUGGCGUAUGACUGAUAGGUUUCCGAAGCAACCGGAUAGUCCAAGGACUGUUAGACGUAAGGCGGAAGAAGAAAGACAGUUCACGGAACGUCAACAGAUGGAACAAAAGUACCUCCAUCAGAAGAAGGUUCGAGACUGGACGGAAAAGAAAUUAAGAGAAUCCGCAGAAUUUUUCGAUCAAGAUAGUGUUCCCUUCAAGAAAUCCGAUAGAGAAAAGGUUACAGUUGUCCAGCGACGCCCUAGACGUCAACGAGAUUUACACGUAAACGAACGCUUUUUCGACUACAAGUUCAACGAACCUUGGAGACACUUCCGUCACGACCACAAAAACAAGGGACCGUGGAAGCAAACCUACUGGUAG